CCGUGUGCGUCGCCGACUCGCCGCCGCCGCUUUGUGAUGUUCCUCCGUCGAGCGUAAGAUGAGUUCGAACAACACAAUCGCGUGCAGCCCCGGCCUGAUGCUGCCCUGCUGGGAGCCCUUGGAGGACGUCCCGCUCGUCGACAAGGUGGGCCGCGGCCUCGUCUACUUCCUCUCCAUGGUGUACCUCUUCAUCGGGGUGUCCAUCGUCUCGGACCGCUUCAUGGCAGCCAUCGAAGUCAUCACGUCGCAGGAGCGCGAAGUCACCAUCAAGCGCCCGGGAGGCGAAAGGCAGAUCAUCGUUGUUAGGAUGUGGAACGAGACGGUCGCUAAUUUAACGCUGAUGGCGCUGGGGUCGAGCGCGCCGGAAAUCCUGCUCUCGGUCAUCGAGAUCUACGCGAAGAACUUCGAGGCUGGGGAAUUAGGGCCAGGGACGAUCGUGGGCUCGGCAGCAUAUAAUCUUUUCGUGAUUAUUGCGUUAUGCGUGUCGGUUAUCCCCGAUGGCGAAGUGAGGAAAAUCAAACACUUGAGUGUUUUCUUCGUGACGGCGAUUUGGUCCGUUUUUGCUUAUGUAUGGUUGUAUAUGAUACUUGCGCUCUUUUCGCCGGGGAUUGUAGAGAUCUGGGAGGGACUCUUGACGUUCAUGUUUUUCCCACUGACGGUACUUACCGCCUAUGCUGCUGAUCGAAAAAUGUACAAAUACGUGAAGAAGGAUUAUAGGAUGAACCGUCGAGGGGUUAUCGUUCAAGCUGAAGGUGACAACCUCGAAAUGGGCAGUACUGAACUUCUUGGUCUUGACGAUGUCCACGACGACAUUAAACAAGAAUACAUAACAACUCUCAAAGAACUGCGUCAGCAGCACCCGCAUGCUGAUUUAGGGACACUUGAACGCAUGGCUCACGAGAUCCUCCUCAAUCGUGGUCCCAAAUCCCGUGCAUUUUACCGCAUCCAAGCCACUAGAAAACUCAUGGGUAGUGGAGACCUUCUGCGUCGAAUCUCCGAACGUGCUCAGAGCGACUUGAGCGAAAUCAAAGCGGAACUCCAACGAGAAUCAGGCGCUGCAGAGUUCAACUCCUCCAGUUGUCGGGUUUUCUUCGAACCUUCCAAAUACACAGUUCUUGAAAGCUGCGGCAAGUUUGAGGUUCGAAUUGCAAGGACAGGAGAUUUGGACAGCGCCGUCAGUGUUGAUUAUUUCACUGAAGAUGGGACGGCGCAAGCUGGAAGUGAUUAUAUUCCGAUUAAAGGGACUUUGCAUUUUGGACCUGGUGAUAAGGAGAAGAAGUUGACUCUGGAAGUAAUAGAUGAUGAUGUUUUUGAACCCGAUGAACACUUUUAUGUUAAACUGGGGUCGGCUAAGCCUCCAGAAGUUUUAGCUUCUCCCACUUUGGCAACGGUUAUUAUUUUGGAUGAUGAUCAUGGGGGUUUGUUUAAGUUUGAAGAGCAGAAUCACGAGUUGGUGGAAAGUGUUGGUACUUAUGAACUUAAAGUGGUUAGGUGUUCAGGUGCGAGAGGAAGGGUCAUUGUGCCCUAUUGGACUGAAGAUGGGACUGCCAAGGCUGGGAAAGAGUAUGAAACAAAUGAGGGACAACUUAUCUUUGAAAACAACGAAUCAGAGAAAACUAUCCCAUUAACAGUCAUCGAAGAAGACAGCUACGAAAAAGACGUGUUAUUCUACGUCCAAUUAGGCGAGCCUCAAAUGUCUGGUGAUGAGAUAGCAAGUUUGGCAGCUGCUGCUGAAAAGAAACGUCCUGCAGAAAGAACCGAACGAGAAAAAGUAGCGAUAAUGGGGAAGCCACGUCUUGGAAAUAUCGUAAGAGCACAAAUAAGAAUCAAAGAGAGCAAGGAAUUCCGAAAUACUGUAGAUAAAUUAGUGCAACGAGCCAAUGCGUCUUUGCUAAUUGGGACGUCGUCUUGGAAGGAACAGUUUAUUGAAGCCAUAACUGUAAGCGCCAGUGAUGAAUCAGACCAAAAGAAACCGUCUGGACUGGACUAUAUCAUGCAUGUCGUCACACUCUUCUGGAAAAUUUUAUUUGCUUUUGUGCCACCCACAGAUUUGUGCAAGGGAUAUCUUUGCUUUUUCGUAUCAAUUCUAUGCAUAGGAGUAGUCACAGCUGUAAUUGGAGAUGUAGCUUCACAUUUUGGUGCCACUCUCGGUAUUGCGGACUCGGUCACAGCUGUAGUUUUUGUAGCUCUGGGAACAAGUGUUCCAGAUACAUUUGCCAGUAAAGUAGCAGCCAUCCACGAUAAACACGCCGAUGCCAGUAUUGGAAAUGUUACAGGAAGUAACGCCGUGAAUGUGUUCCUUGGUAUCGGCGUAGCUUGGUCAAUCGCUGCCAUUUACCACGCCACCAAGGGUGCAAAUUUCAAAGUAAAACCGGGGAAUUUGGCAUUUUCCGUGACGAUAUUUUGUUCGGAGGCAGUCAUUACAAUAAUCGUCCUGUUGCUGCGGAGAUCGCGCAUGGUGGGCGGCGAACUCGGAGGACCAAAGUGCCUCAAGUAUCUAACGUCUGCUUUCCUCUUCUCACUGUGGAUAUUUUACUUAAUUAUGACAACGCUGGAAGUUUAUCAUGUCAUUAAAGGGUUUUAGGAUGUGUGUGCACUCGGCGACUAGUCUCGCAUAAACAACGAAUAAACUACUCAGCAGAAUUGAUUGUGGCAUAACUACCUACAUAAUUAAGGUAACCUAAGGCUUUUCACGGUUUCAAUUUACAUGUACUUAAUUAAUUACUUCUCUUUCUUCGUCAACAACGCAAUAAUGUAUCUCAAAUCACAGCAAAUGUGAUUACUCAUUAGUCCACUCACGUUAUUGUCAGCUUAUCGAUUUUGUGAUCGCCAUCUCGGGCUAACAAGUAGACUUAAUUUAUGCCUUAAGCAAACGACAGGCCUGCCAAUGUAGUACGUUAUAUUUUUAUAAACUGAGUUUUAAACCAGUCAAAUUAGAAUUUGGGUUUCAAAAAAUUGACAAAUGAACAAUUACAACAAAAAUUCCACCUCAAGAUAUGUGAAAACAAAACUACAAUACAAAAAAAUAUAAUACUACUUUAUUCAUAUUUUACUCUUUAUACACAAAAUUUAUAACUACUCGUAUUUAAAAUUUAUAUAAAAAGGCAAAACCGACAAUGAUUCUCAUUCUCCAUUUUUUUAAGAGUCUAACUUGUCUCAUUCUAGAUAACAAAUCAAUCGUUUAUCAACAUUCAAAAUUUUUCUUUAUUUAAGUAAUUAAACAUAAAACCGCAAUAGAAAUUUAAAAGCAAAACAAGACAAACAAUAUUAUAUUAUAAUACUAGUUUAUAAGCAAGUCUUUAAAACA